AUGGCGGACGACGGCGGGAGCCACGAGGGCGGCGGCAGCGGCGGCGGCGGCGGCUACCGGGAGCAGGACCGGUUCCUGCCCAUCGCCAACAUCAGCCGGAUCAUGAAGAAGGCCGUCCCGGCCAACGGCAAGAUCGCUAAGGACGCUAAGGAGACCCUGCAGGAGUGCGUCUCCGAGUUCAUAUCCUUUGUCACCAGCGAGGCCAGCGACAAAUGCCAGAAGGAGAAGAGAAAGACGAUCAACGGGGACGAUUUGCUUUGGGCGAUGGCUACGUUAGGAUUCGAGGAGUACGUCGAGCCUCUGAAGAUUUACCUACAAAAGUACAGAGAGAUGGAGGGUGAUAGUAAGCUGUCUACAAAGGCUGGCGAGGGCUCUGUAAAGAAGGAUGCAAUCAGUUCCCAUGGUGGCACCAGCAGUUCAAGUAACCAGUUGGUUCAGCAUGGAGUUUACAACCAAGGGAUGGGCUAUAUGCAGCCACAGUGUCUAUCCAUCAGCUAG